AUGACAGACACAACCAUUAAAUCGAUAGCAACUGUUUUCCCGUUCAAUGCCGAAGAAUUGAAACGAAAUUCGACACUCCGUCGACGUCAAUCUAUUAUUCGUGAGUUUGCUCUUAACUACGUCAACACAUGGUAUACCUGGUAUACUAAAUGUGGAUGUGUGAAUUCACUACAAUGGACAGCACGAUCUGCUGUUUUACCUGGUACGAACCAGACUGUAGAAGCACCUCUUUGCAACAGUACAGAUUCAUGUUACGCGAUUGCAAUGACUGAGAUUCUAAGCACAGAUUUGCUUUGGAAUCAGUUUUGCUCUGAUUGCUCACAGGAAUGUCCAACUACUGAUUUUACUAUUACACCAUAUUCAGUAGCAGCUCCAUUCACUGUGUACUUUCCUUUUAUCAAAUGCUUCGUUGAAACUUCCAAUGUUACAUUACCUACAAACUGGUCCUCAACAUGA